AUGGCAUUUGAGAAAAAGGAUACCUUUAAUGUCCCUGAGAACAACCUCCAGAAUGGGGAAAAUCUCAUUCAGCAUGACAAGACACACAUUUGUCAGCAGUCUUUUGAGCACAGUGAGGAAACAGAAAGCGGGAAGAAAAUGUUCCUUAUGUGCGAGAAAGAUUAUACCAAAGACUCAUGUACUGAGCCACUUGGCAAAGUGGGAGAAACAAUUCAUGUUGAAAAGCAAAUAUUCCAAAACGAUCCUUGCUUUGGUAAAUAUCAGCAAACACAAUCAGGAGAGAAACUCCAAGAACAUUUCAGCAGUGAGAAAUCUCUUAUUUAUAGAUCUGAUCUUAAGGUAAAUGAGAUAACCCAAACAGCACAAAGUCACUAUAUAUGCUGGUACUGUGAUAACAUUUUUAGCAGUAAAUCUUGCAUUACCAUCAGACAGAGAAUUGACACAGGAGAAAAUUACUAUGUGUGCAAUGAAUGUGAAGACAUUUUUUACCAGAAGUCAGAACUCACAGGAGGUCAGAUCUUUCACACUACAGAGAAGCCAUAUGAAUGCAGUGAACUUGAAAAAGCCAUUUACCAGCAGUUAUCUCUCAUUGGACAUCAAAAAAUUGACACAGGGGAAAAACCUUAUGAAUGUCCUGGGUGUGGAAAAACAUUUUCUCGUAAGUCAAAUUUAAUCAUGCACUGGAGAACCCACACUGGGGAAAAACCUUAUGAAUGUGGUGAAUGUGGAAGAACCUUUGCCAAACAGUCAGGUCUCAUUAUACAUCAGAGAACCCACACUGGGGAAAAACCUUACAAAUGUACUGAGUGUGGAAAAGCGUUUAUCAGCCAGUCAGAUCUCAUUAGACAUCAGAGAAUCCACACAGGGGAAAAACCUUAUGAGUGUGUUGAAUGUGGAAAAGCUUUUUCUCAGAAAUCACAACUAAGCUUACAUCAGAGAAUCCACACAGGGGAAAAACCUUAUGAAUGCAGUGAGUGUGGAAAAGCCUUUAUAUGCCAGUCAGGUCUCACUAUACAUCAGAGAACACACACAGGGGAAAAACCUUAUGAAUGUGAUGAGUGUGGAAAGGCCUUCAACAACCAGUCAGGUCUCAUUAGACAUUGGAGAAGCCACACAGGGGAAAAACCUUAUGAGUGUAUUGAGUGUGAAAGAGCCUUUUCCAAUCAGGCAGAUCUCAUUAAACAUCACAGAACCCACACAGGGGAAAAACCUUAUGAAUGUAGUGAGUGUGGAAAAGCCUUUACCAACCAGUCAGGCCUCGCUAGACAUCAGAGAACCCACACUGGGGAAAAACCUUAUCAAUGUAGUGAGUGUCAAAAAGCCUUUGCCAGCCAGUCAGGUCUCAUUAGACAUCAGAAAGUCCACACCGAGAAAACCCUUAUGAAUAUAGUGAAUAUGUAAAGCAUUUUCUCAUAAGUGAAACCUAACCAUACAUCAGAAAAUCCACACUAGGGGAAAACUAUAAAUGUAC